AUGUACCAAACUUCGGAUUAUGUACCACCAACCUAUGAAUACGUGGACCCCUCCUCCUCUUCCUUCGAAGUUACCCAGCAGCAGCAGCCGCAACAAUAUCAGCAGCAGAUAGUGUUGCUUGAAACCAACGAUUUGGAGGCAGUUGACUUGGACGCUGUUCGGAAGAUUAAUGACAGAAUGGUUCCUUCAAACCCAAAGGCGCCUGUUUGUUCGAACAAAAAUCCUCUCCGGCUCAUUCAGCAGGGCGAUCGGUUCAUUACGACACAGAAGAUUAAGGAUUCCAGUCUCCAUCAAAUUAUUGAGAUUCUGGCCAAUGAUGCUCUCGUAGAGCAGAGCAAGGACGGCCCCAGUGUGUUUUGCUUUCACAAUCGGAAUGCGAAUAGACGAAUUGUUCUUCGACUUGAACACGCGCAUACGAAGUCUCAGCAAAAUCGGCAGCGAGACCAGUCUGAGAAAGCAUACAGUGAGGCUGGUAGCCAUUCUAGUUUGGCUCCCUCACAAGACGGCAUUGCAAAGCGUCGGCGUGGGCGUCGUCCGGGUCGGAAGAACAAGACUGCAGAGGAGGAGGAUCCUGAUUUUGAGCCCGAUCUACCCAUUGAAGAGGUUUUGCCUUUUCCCAUCAUUCGGAAAAAGGCUCCCAUUGUUACCUCCAAUAAUGACCAACUUGCCGCCGGGAGGGUCUCCAAACCACCCAAGUAUCUGAUUAAGGACUACAAGCAUCUGCGGUUGGAAGAUUUGAAGGACAACGAGGAGGAAAUGCGGGACGGUGGAAAUGGCAUGAAUGAUCCCUCGGACGACGAUUCUAACGUCGGUUACUCCGACUAUGACGGUGGAAUGGAUUCGAACUCGGAUAGAGAUAGUGGGGACAAUAAAAAAAUUACGUCAUUGGGAUUCGAUUGUGAUAAAUGCGAAAAGUCAUUUUCCACACGAGCCGGUCUCUCUCGACACAAAAUGCUUAAACACAAUCCGAAUGGUGACGUAAAACGCGUCGGUCCCUGGUCUGAUCCCGCCCUCUCCGCCCUUCGCCGGCGCAACCGCCUCAAAGAGGCGUUGGAAAAGGCUACUCCUGAAGAUAUUGCCGAUAUUGCAGCUCCAAAGGUGGCAAAAGCGGUGUCUCUGUGGGACUAUCUAUUCCUUCGAACUGAAGCCACAAUCUCCUCGUCUCCUCCUGAAGGUCGUUCUAGAACAUCCCCUUCACCUCCGGAAAUACCCUCCGUCCUUACGGAAUACCUCGGAUUCGUUGAUCGAUUCCGAGAGUUUUUCGGCAAGCAUGUAGAGGUAGCCGGAGUUACCUGCGUUGAUGUAAAAAGAGUCCCAGAAGAAUUGGAAACGGAUGAGGAAGAGGCUGUAAUUAUGUGUGGUAGGCCGGCGCCAGCCUCUGUAAAGCGCCGGCGAUAUCUGCGAAUGAAAAAACGAAGAAAAUUGGCAGAAGCAGUAAGCUGUGACGCUAACAGUCAGGAGCCAGAGUCUGUGACAACGUCUAACACCUCUCCAGCCAAAUCCAUUGUGACUGAAAACCCCUCCAAAUUCGAAUUGACGAAAUUAGUCUAUCAGGACGGCUGUAUUCAAGUAAAUGAUCAGUCAGCAGCAUCUGUUCUGGGUGUAGAGACUGGCCGAUAUAAACCAGUCUCCCCUCUCUCUAAAGACUACCUUCCACGCCGAUACGGAUCAGUACAGCGAGAACAAUCAGCAUCAGUCCCUUCAACUCCAAAAAAGCCUUUACGUCGGUCAGAUCCUCUCCCAAAACGAGCGUUAAUCACCACUGGCGAACAGGUCCAACCAGCUCAGACGAUUUUUGAGAAUACUCGACGUAAUGAAGAGGAAGAAGAUUCAGAGCCUAUUUUAGCUCCCGAUCCCACAGAGGAGGAGAAGCGCGAUUCGGAACCAAAUAUCCCAGCGGAGCAGAAUUUCUACCUUCAAGCUGAGGGAGUAGGACACCCCAUACCCGAUGACUGGAUUACGAGUGGCGCGUUUAUCCCCGUUAUUUUUGAGUCGGGAGCAUUAAGUGAUUUGGCAAUGGAGGCAGGUACCGGACGGAUUUUCCACCGUCCAACGGGUCAGCUAGUUUCUCUCUCAACGGAAUCAGACGCGAGCGGCGGCGAAGCCAACAAUAAUUUGUCAGACACCGUCGCCGUGGCUUCUCUUACUGGUACUGAAUCAGCUCCACAACAGAUAUACGUUUCGAAUAUUUCGCCAACUGUUUGUCUCAUCACAACCCCCAGUGGUGCUCGAUACCAUGUGGAGCACGGUGGGGAAGGCGUAACCCCCGAGACGAUACAGGCAAUUCUUCGGAUGAAUGGCACCUAG